CGUGCUGUUAGUUCGAUGGACAUGGCACCUAGCAGCAGUUGCACGCGAAUAGUGGAAGUGUAGUGACGGGCAUAAUGUGGACGACGACGACGACGAAGGUUGUUUGAUAUUCGAAAAUUCUUUCUUAUUUUUGUUGAUCCAAUCGAAGCGGCGUUGUACGACAAGAAGUGACUAACAGCACAAAAGCCAGAAAAGCAUUCAUCCUACGUAUUGUGGAGCGCACAAAAAGCACACGGAAUUUGGUUACAUAAGGACGGCAAAAAAAUAGAAUAACAUCAGCACGGAGGAUGUCUGUUACUGAAGCAGUCAACAAAAGCCUUGCGGCAAUCGGCUCCACCGUAUCGGAACAGCCUCCACAGCAACAGCAGGAAACAAGUUUGAUGUUGGACAUUAUCGUACCCUCAAUAAUUUUGUUCGUCAUGUUCGCCGCAAAUGCUGUAAUAUUCGCUUUCAUUAUGCGCAAGAGAAGGAGUGUUGUAUGGGAAGAUCGCAGCAUAUACCAAGCGUGCCUAGAUCCAACGGAGCCAGCGACAUCGGCGGGGACAGUGGCGACGGCGGCGCAAGGUGUUGCUGUCUCGCUGGAAAUGGAGCAGCUCAGGAAGUAGAUGCGGAGGGGAGCAAAUGGAAUAAAUGUUCAAAGUUACUAAAUUAAAUUUAAGUGGUAAAAAUCAAUUAAUGUGCUGGCGGAGGGGAAAAAAUAUAUUUUUUUUUUUUUGUGUUUAAACAAUUAAAGCGCGUUUAAAGCGCUCAACAAACUGCUAAAAAUAAAAUAAAUGCGACUGUACACUACUAAAUACUAAACUCAAGCAACAUACUGCAUACAAAUAAAUGAAUCCUAGGAAGUAAUAACAAACAAAAAAACAAUAAAGGAAACGAAGGCUGCUACUCUGAUGGGUACCAAGCUGCAUUUAUAUCCAAUGUUUUCUUUAAACAAAAAAUAUUUUUAAGUGAAUUUAUACACAAUCCUCCACCAUACUGAAAAUAGUACUAAGUAAUAUUCAUAAGCAAGAGAUUAAAAAGUAUGGCAAUAAAUAAAUUUAUUAAGGUUAUUACCGAAAAAUUA